GGACGGGGGACGGGGGAAGGAUCCUCCGCCCCACCCCCACCCCAUUGCCACCCCUAGGCUCCACUAGUUAUCCCAAGCCAAAUUCCUAAUUUGACACCCCGGACUUCACUUCGGCCCUAAAUUUCUAAAAUCUCUGUCGCUUUGUUUCCACCUUCUUGCCGCCGCCGAUCUUUGUCGCCAUUACCGACGGCUCAUCUGAAAUCCCGAAGUAAGUUCCUACUAGAGAGUACAAGCUCUAUACACCAAUUUCCAGUCUCCUCUCCUACGCUUUGUCCAAAGAGUCCAAACCUAACUCCCUAUAUAUUCUGAAUCAAUUCCUGCUGUCUUCUCCGGUUCUCCAUACGAUCCCCGGCAGAGCUGCAGAAGUUGGGAAGGUUGGUUGAAAAAAAGGGUUGGAGUGAUCUUUGUUUAAUCAAGACGGAAGUAGACUGCUAACUGCUAAGCCAGCUCAAAGGUUGAUUAACCAUCUAGAAGACUCUGUUGAUAAUCCAUGCAACUGAAGAUGUCAUCAAAUAGUGAAUCCGCCACCACCACCCGCAGAGGAGAUGAUCAUUGAGCAACCACAGGAGUAUCACCAGAAAUAACUCACUAUUUGAUAAAAGUCCCCAACUGAAAUUCAGAGAGAGGGGAUCAUUUUCUGGAAAAAAAAAAUUUGUUAUUGCUUAUUUUAGGUGAUUUCUAAAUUAGAAAUCAGAGGGCAAUCCGGCAAUCAAAGUUCCAUAUAAACAACUGUGGCUCCCACAUAGGGGGCUCAACACACAUCGCUGCUUGAUUACCACUACACCAGAUGCGCUGCUUGUUAGGUGGAUCAAUUGCCUUACUCUUAUUAGAUGACAACUGACGCUUCCCACAAACCCCCAGUCCACUACUAGCAGGACCUCAGAAGCAGAUUACUUUUGGCUUUGCAACGUCAUGGUUCCCCCCAAACAAAGAAUUCAUGAACUGGGAGUUGUUAUCAUUGAAGAUGACGGAGCACUUUGUAGGACUAAUGUAAUUAUUUAGUACUCGAUUAAUUUAGUUACGCCAAAAAUAGUCACCCGAUUAUUGUUGAAUCAGUAGGCUGGUACUGGGAUUCUACUCAUAGUAAUAAGAAAUCAAUCGGUCCGAGAAUGAGGAUAGUGGGGCUGACCGGAGGGAUUGGAUCAGGGAAGAGUAGCGUCUCCAAUCUUUUCAAGGCCCAUGGUAUUCCGGUCGUCGAUGCUGACGUCAUUGCCCAUGAUGUUUUGAAAAAAGGUACUGCUGGUUGGAAAAAGGUGGUGGCUGCUUUUGGGGAGGACAUCCUGCUUCCUGAUGGAGAGGUGGAUCGCCCGAAGUUAGGUCGCAUUGUAUUUUCUGAUCCACAAAAACGCCAGAUUCUUAAUAGAUUUCUGGCACCAUACAUCUCAUCAGGCAUUCUCUUGGAAGUGUUGAAACUAUGGAUGAAGGGGUGCAAAAUUAUUGUGCUUGAUGUCCCUUUGUUGUUUGAAGCCAAGAUGGACAGGUGGACAAAUCCUAUUGCUGUUGUUUGGGUUGAUCCCGAGACUCAGCUCCAUCGGCUCAUGGCAAGAGAUGGAACCACAGAAGAAGAUGCUAAGAGCAGGAUUAACUCUCAAAUGUCUCUUGAUCUCAAAAGGACCAAAGCAGAUAUUCUAAUAGAUAACACUGGAUCACUGGCAGAUCUGAAUGAAAAUUUUCAGAAGGUAUUGGUCCAGGUCACAAGGCCUUUGACAUGGACAGAAUUUGCUUUAUCUAGACAGGGUGCUAUUGUUGCAUCUAUAUCCAUUUUUCUAGGCAUCAUCAUAUGCAGGAAAUGUUUGUGAUGAAAUUGCAUUUAUUUAUUGAGAUAAAUUUCAUAAACUUCUUAUUGUUGAACUCAGCCUUGUGAAAUUUGGAAGACGUGACUGAUCCUUAAUGUACUAUAUAAUUGGAACUAUAAUCUUCUUGUUCCUCACCUGAAAUAAUGCAGAAUGGUUUAAUGGAGCUUCUGUUUCA